CGUCCUUGAAAAUCAGAGCUCACAAGCUCGAGAGCUCCCCGGCAUUUCAACAGUUUGAGGCUCCCACGCGCGACCUCACCGUCACCGCCGUCGUCCUCCCCGCUGUCCAGUCUCCACCACUCCCAGUCCCAGCCCAGGCCAAGGCAGGCGUCAACCGUCCGGCGGUCGCUCCCCGGGCCGCGCGGCGCGAUGGGGUGGGCGGCGCGGUUCCUGACGGCGGUGUCGUUCCUGGCCGCGGGGGUCCUCUUCGCGCCCGACGCGCUGCCCCUCGGCGGCUCCGGAUCCGGCGCCGCGGCCGCCGCGAGGCUGGUCCACGUCCUCGCCUUCGCCACCGCCUGGGGCGCCGGGCUCUGGGUCACCUUCAUCGGCGGCAUCGUCAUGUUCAAGUACUUGCCGAGACACCAGUUUGGGAGUCUGCAGGGGAAAAUGUUCCCGGCAUACUUCAUGUUGAUAUCAUCAUGUUCAGCGAUAUCCGUGGCAGCAUUCGCGUACCUGCACCCCUGGAAAACAGCGUCAACCAUCGAGCGCUACCAGCUUGGCUUCCUGAUUUCAGCCCUUGGCUGUAACCUGUCCAACCUUCUGGUUUUCACGCCCAUGACUGUUGAGAUGAUGAUGAAGAGGCACAAGAUGGAGAAGGACCUCGGCAUCGGCACUGAGGUCGGGUACUCGAAGAACGCGGAGACUGCAAAGAGGAGCCCCACCCUGGCAGCGAUGAACCGGAAGUUCGGGAUGAUCCACGGGCUAUCGUCGCUGGCCAACAUCAUGGCCUUCGGCAGCCUGGCCAUGCACUCCUGGUAUCUCUCCAGCAAGCUCGACCUGUGACUGAUCAGGGCUUCCCCAUUUCGUGAUCAGUGCUCUCUGCGACGUAGCUGCUGGUGGCCACAAACUCUGAGCUUAACUUAGGUCUAUGGAUGGAGACACGGAUGGUCUUGUGAUAGAGAACUUUGAGACGAGAUGUAUUAUGAAUUUGAAUAACGUACAGAAUGUAGGUAUAUGAUCUGGUGUUUGAUAUUAUUUACAGGAAAACUCCUGCUUUGCUUACAAUAUCAGUUUUUUAGCAAGCUUACAA